AUGUCUACAUCAUAUCUCAAUAAAUUAAGCUACUUCGUUAUAAAUUAUACAAUUACAAUUAAAUUUAGGCAAGUUAAUGCAUAUAUAAUUAAAUCAGUUUCUAUUUUCAAUUUAAUAUGCAUAAUAUGGAAGAUUAUCCGAUCCGUCCUCUUUAUGACAGUAGCAUCCCUGCGCCCGGGCAUAGUAUUUUGAGCCCAGAGUUAG